UGAGUCUCCCUGUUCCAUUCCGGACCUCUUUGGUGCUGUAAAUCCUGGAUAUACAGUAGACGAUUACUGCAUUUUAUGGACUCUCUUCAGCUUCUGGAGACCUCACUAUCCUAUUAUGUCUUUGUGUGAAGAUAUGCUGCUUUGUAAUUAUCGAAAGUGUCGCAUCAAACUCUCUGGCUAUCCAUGGGUCACUGCCUGUUCUCACAUCUUCUGUGAUCAGCAUGGCAGUGGUGAGUUUAGUCGCUCACCAGCUAUCUGUCCUGCCUGCAGCAGUACCCUUUCUGGAAAGCUAGAUAUUGUCCGCACAGAACUCAGUCUGUCAGAGGAAUAUAAAGCUACGGUAUUGGCAGGACUGCGACCAGAGAUCGUGUUGGACAUUAGCUCCCGAGCACUGGCCUUCUGGACAUACCAGGUACAUCAGGAACGUCUCUAUCAAGAAUACAAUUUCAGCAAGGCUGAGGGCCAUCUGAAACAGAUGGAGAAGAUAUAUACUCAGCAAAUACAAAGCAAGGAUGUAGAAUUGACCUCUGUGAAAGGGGAGGUCACCUCCAUGAAGAAAGUGCUAGAAGAAUACAAAAAAAAGUUCAGUGACAUCUCUGAGAAACUUAUGGAGCGCAAUCGUCAGUAUCAAAAGCUCCAAGGCCUCUAUGAUAGCCUUAGGCUACGAAACAUCACUAUUGCUAACCAUGAAGGACAGUCUGGUGUUUUUGGCUUCCCAUUAGGUAACAACUCCAGGUUUCCUUUGGAUAGAUCACCUGUUCGAAAUCGGGGAGAUGGAGAUGGAGAUUUUCAGUUCAGACCAUUUUUUGUAGGUUCUCCCACAGCACAUGAACCCAGCAACAGCUUUUUUAGUUUUGCCUCUCCAAGUCGUGAAUUAGAGCACCAGCAAGUUUCUAGCAGGGCCUUCAAAGUAAAAAGAAUUUGAGCCAGUUAUGGUUUCACACACCUGUGAUCCCAGCUACUUAGGGGGCUGAGGCUGGGAGGAUCACUUGAGCCCAGGAGUCUAAGGCUAUAGUGAUCUAAGAUCAUGCCACUGCACUCCAGCUUAAGCAAUAGAAUGAGACCCUGUUUCUAAAAAAAAAAAAAAAUAAGUUAAAGGUAAUUUAGCCAACUUUA